AAUGCCGUUGGCUAGAGAUUUUCUCCAUCCGAGCCCCAUCGAGGAGAAAAGGAAACACAAACUGAAGAGGCUCGUACAGAAGCCUAACAGUUAUUUUAUGGAUGUCAAAUGCCCGGGCUGCUAUGCUAUCAAAACAAUUUUCUCACAUGCCCAGAGGCCAGUAGAAUGUGACGGAUGCCGUACGAUACUUUGUACACCAACGGGUGGAAAAGCACGGUUAACUGAGGGAUGCUCUUUUAGAAGAAAAGUCCAGUGUUAAUUUUAUUCGAUAUGUAUUCGAUUUCUCUCUUUAUAUUCGAUAAAUAAACACGAUCACAUUAU